UAGCCUGAUUUAACCUAAAUAAGUGAACCCAUUGAAACCCAAAUAUAACCUUUCAUGACGGUCGACCCAAUUAAUAAGCAUCAUCAACUCCUCAAUAUACCACUCUUUCUUUUUCUUUACUUUUCUCUCACUAGUAAUUAUUUCUUGGGAUUCUAUUUAUAUUUGUAUAUGUAAUGGUGUGAUACAACACAUUGCUAGCCCUGUCUGGAAGCUAAGGAUUUUUGGGGUUGGAAUAAUUGAAAAUCCCCUUUUCUCUUCCUAUAUAAGAUAAUUAGUUUUGCUUUCUUUCUGAUCAUUUGAGCUUGUUGAGCUAAGAAAAACUAAGAAAUUAAGAAGAAGAAAAAGAGGAAGAGGAAGAAGAUGUCAAGCUGCAUAGAUGUGUCAUCAUCAUCAUCAGAGCAACUGUGCUACAUCCCUUGCAACUUCUGCAAUAUAGUCCUCGCGGUAAGUGUACCAUGCAGCAGCUUGAUGGACAUAGUGACGGUCCGAUGCGGGCACUGCACCAAUCUGUGGUCUGUCAACAUGGCUGCCGCCUUUCAGUCACUCUCAUGGCAUCAAGAUGUUGUUCAGGUGGCUAAUACUAAGGUACCCAAUUAUAUGGCACCAGAUUACAGAAUUGAUCAUUUGGGUUCCUCUUCUAAACCCAACAAGCACUCAAUGAGACAAGCACCACCCACCAAUGUCUCCUCUGAGGAGAGGACUGUGAAUCGCCCUCCAGAGAAGAGGCAGCGAGUACCUUCUGCAUAUAAUCAAUUCAUAAAGGAGGAGAUUCAGAGGAUCAAAGCCAAUAAUCCAGAUAUCAGCCAUAGAGAAGCAUUCAGUACUGCAGCCAAAAAUUGGGCACAUUUCCCUCAUAUUCACUUUGGAUUGAUGCUGGAGACCAACAAUAACCAACCUAAGCUGGACAAUGCAUCCGGGAAUCUUCUUGUGAAUAGGGCAGCACAACAAAAGAAGUGAUGCUUCUUAAUUUUCAAAUACAAGAUUUGACAUGAAUCUAUCUACCUAUAUAUAUAUAUUCCUACUUCUAUAUGUACCAAGAAUAUUUAUUUAUAAUUUACUUCGCUUGAAGUAAAGCUUUAUUGCAUGCUUUCGGACUUAAUGAUCAAUACAUCAUCUAAAUAAAUUUCCUAAUUCUGUA